AAUUUAGCGAAUGGCCACAGCAAAGCACUUUGCACAUCUGUUUUGCCCAAGAUUUGAUCUUGACUCAGCCAUAAUUGAAAGAUCUUUGAGCAAUUACUGAUAGAACGCGAAUUGGACUAGACUUUGAUCCAUUGGGCACUUUCCCAAAUGACAUUGCCGCUGACUGUUCGCAUGGCUAUAAAACGCCUUUGGUUCUAGCCCACUUCAAUCAGUCUAGCGAAUUCAGUUAUUUGGCCAAGAGGUGAGAGAAUUCAAACACUUGCGGAAUGUCCUAUUUCUUGCUGCUGCUGUUGACUGCACUUGUUACCGCCGACUGGCCCGACGGUGGAUUGGACGACUGCAAACAGCCGCCAGAGUACGGCAGCUGCCACUCCCACGUCCGCAUGUGGUACUACAAUCCCAACACCAGAAGCUGCAAACCCUUCGACUAUUCGUCCUGCGGCGGCAACUCGAAUCGCUUCUUCACCAAGACCGAGUGCUUCGCCCACUGUGCACCGCAGCGCGCAGCUCGAUUUAAUCACUGAUCGAAUUUAAACGACGAAGCAGAGGCAAUGCCCGAGGCGCAAGCGAUUUCCAGGCGACUAAAACUAAGUUUUUGGGUUAAUGCAUAUUCAGAUGUGUGUAUUAAAUAUACAUGCAUAUUAUUAAUAUGUGUCUACACGUAUUUAUCUACAUGUAUUGACAGAGUUCAUUAGGCUUCAAGUUUGUCUUACGCGACUGUAACAUACUCUGUACUUAGCUAG